AUGCCAGAACGUGUCAGCACAAAAUUCACGGUUUCGGAAGAAGAAUACGACAGCUUACGAAGUUCUGGCAACGAAAUUCAAGAUCUCCUCGACUUCCACAUGGAUAGACUCAGUCUUCAGGCUGAACCUGAAAGCAUGAAAUCUCAACGCACUUCCAUACAUAGCCUCCCCGUUGAGCUUCUCUGUCGAGUAUUCGUUCUCGUCGUUGAGCCACACGACUCUAUGGGUGACACUGCAUUUGACACUCGUCCUGUCUGUCUCUCCCAUGUAUGCCGGCGAUGGCGGGAGGUCGCUUUGGGCACGCCAAUUUUGUGGCGAAGCAUACAUUUUUAUCAUUCCGAUCUUUUUUCUCCUUCCAAAUCACUGCCAGAUUGUGUGACUGCUUUCCUUCAACGUAGGCAGAAGGUCACCCUCGAUAUCGUGCUCAGUAACGACGAGACCGACCCCUGGAUCCCCGAGUCAUAUGAUAUUAUCAGGACCACGGCAUCAUGCCUUGAAUUAGGCCUUUAUAAUGGUCUAUCGCUCCUCAUCGAUACUCAUAACGUUCGGUGUAUCUCGACCACCUGCUGUACCAUGUUAUUGGUGGACUUGUUCCUACAGCUCUUGUGCAAAAAAGACCGGUUCUCGUCUUUGGCGUCACUAGACCUGCGGCCCACAUCCACAUCAUUCUAUCGUUGGUUUUCCACGUCUAUAACCAGAUUUUUUGAGACAUCGUCUCCUUUCGCCAUGCCUUCCAACCCCCAAUCACUUCCUUCGCUGCAGUACCUCUCACUACAUGGGAUACCCUUCGAAUUCAUCCCGGUCUGCGAUUUUCCCUCCCUUCUGGAGUACUCGUUUGCUCGACCACUCAACAUUGCAACCGAAGAACAGUAUCAACGAUCCUUCAAGAUUUCUCACCUUGCUCAGCUCCUCGCAUCCGCACCAAACCUAGAGAAACUUUCGUUCAUCAACGCGGGUCCAUACGUUGACGUCGAACUCGACUUCGAUACGUCUAUUCCCCCUUCCUUUUGGGAUCAUUCCUCCGCAUGGUCACGACAAAGUCCCAGGAAGAUCCCCCCUCUUGUCUUACGGAAUCUGAAAGAAUUCGUAUGGAUCGGUGUUGACUCACUUGGCCUGUAUGCAUUCCUCGCCUACUUUCCUUCCCCAAAUCUCGAGCUCCUCGAUGUGAAACUGUUCGCUCCAACUCAGAACUCUCUCUACUGGAGCGAUUUUAUCCUACACGAUGUAUACCAGGCGCCACCACACAGUAUAUCCCCCACCAAACUCGUUUCCCUCAACUGCUUGCACGUCCAGUCUUCCUCGGUCUCGGCUAUGGAAAUGAUCGUCGGACUCCUCGACAUUCCGUCCGUGGAGACCGUCUCCAUAACGAACACCGAAAUAAAACUUCUCCCGUCAGGCUACUGCAUCCUCCCGGAUCUACAAAGAUCCGACAACAUCUUCUUCGACCCGCGUCUCCUCCACCUCACUUCGCUCGCGCUCUCCGCAUUCACUUUCACCUCAGAACACAUCGCGUCGAUGCUCUGUUAUUUACGCACCCUUCGGGUAUUGCAAUGUGACAUGAUGGACGGGAUGGACAUCCUUCUGGAAAAGCUGGCCGAAACGUGUGUUCUGCCGAACCGGGAGUUUCUGUCGAUGAGAUAUUGUCCGAGGUUGGAGGAGUUGAGGCUUUGGGAAUGUGGUCGUGGGCUGAGGUUUGAACGGCUGGAGGAAGUGGUCAGUUUGAGGAGCGGGUUGUUGAAGGAGGAGAUGCGGAUCCAGAAAUCGACUAGGCAAUUGAUGUCCGGUAAUACGGGAGCCUCAGCGAGUGAGACGAGGAAGAUCAAGCCGUUGAAGCGAAGGGCUAUGAUGUCCGUAGGUGGAAGUGCCAGCAGUAGUACGGGAGUGACAACGCCGCAGUCACGAAGAGUUGUAGCCUUGAUGGAGGCUCAAGAGGCAGCGAAGAUCAAACGGGUCAGCAUUGUAAAUUGUGACUCGGUGUGGGAGGAAGAGGCGAGGUCGUUGGAAAAGUGGGGUGUCGAGGUAGAUUGGUCGGCAUGA